AAAAGCAGCAACUCUCCAGUGAGGUGGGCGCACAACUUCUGCACCGACAUGAACAAACGGUCACAGGAGGCUUUCGACUCGUUUAUGAGAGAGAACUGAGGGAAACUCGGUACAAGUGGCUUUUCUUCUCACGAGUCCGAAUCAGAGGAAAGUUUAGUUGUGUGAUUUUUUUUUAAAGUUGACUUAAAGUCGUCAAACGGAGAAGAUUCAAUUCAAAGGAUUUUCUCUCACUUCAAUUUGGCAACUUUUGUCUGAAAGCGGUUUGGAUGCUGGAAAGAUGAAGGUGACAUAACUUUGCAUCUUCGGAUCCAUUCGCCGAGAUUCAGUUUCAGUUAGUUGAUCUCCAUGAAGAGUGUCUAACUCGGACUGACACACUCGGUGGUCGGGGGUGCUGAAGCCCACAGGACGCAGGGAACCGUGAACCCCAGCGGCUUGCCGGGAUGGUGCGCCUGCUGAGCUGCCUGCUGCUGGGAUAUCUAACCUGGAAUCUGCGGAUAUCGGACGCACAGGGGGAGUACUGCCACGGCUGGCUGGACGCUAAUGGGAAUUAUCACGAGGGUUUCCAGUGUCCGGAGGACUUUGACACCAUGGACGCCACCGUGUGCUGCGGCUCCUGCUCGCUGCGCUAUUGCUGCGCGGCCGCGGACGCACGGCUGGACCAGGGCAGCUGCACCAACGACAGGGAGGUGGACAACACCGAGUUUGCAGCGCAGCCCAUCUACGUGCCCUUCCUGAUGGUGGGAAGCAUCUUCAUCGCCUUCGUCGUGGUCGGCUCUCUGGUGGCCGUCUACUGCUGCACCUGCCUGCGGCCCAAGCAGCCGACCCAGCAGCCCAUUCGCUUCUCCCUGCGCAGCUGCCAGGGCGAGACCAUCCCCAUGAUCCUCACCACAGCUCCUCCGAGCCUCCGCGCUCCAUCGCGACAGUCCAGCACGGCCACCACCAGCUCCAGUUCGGCUGGAGGCGGCAGCUCCAUGCGGAGGUUUUCUCUGGGAGGUCAGGGGCAGCAGCAGCAGCAACACGGCUGCCUGGUGUCCGCCACCGUCUCCUCAUCAGCCUCCACCCCCACCCCCCAGACUCCUCAGACUCUGCCUCCGCCUCCACCUCCCCCCUACACAUCCCCACCUGCACCCAUGUCAGGGGGCAUGCAGCACCCCUUGCCCCCCGCCCACACCCAGCUGCAGCUCCACCAGCCCUCCAUCCCCUCUCACCCCUCUCAGAGCACCGGGUUCCUGCUGCCCCAGCAGUACUUCUUCCCCCUGCAGCCCGACGCCUUCACAGCGGCCAAGAGCUUUGCUGACUUCGGGCAGAGCUGACAGGGCUCCUGAAGGGGGGUGGGGGGUGGGGCGGAAUAGAGGGAUUACAAGAUUUCUAAAUGGUGGGUGUGAGCCGGCGAGGACAGACACACUGCAACACGGCUGGUGGUGUUUGGGUGGAGAGCUCGGGCCGGUUGAACGGACACAGAGAGAGCGACAGCAGGACGAGUGAUAAAGUACAACAAAGCUGCUGUGGCUGAACGUCGGGGCCUGAGGCAUUUCCUGCUCUGCAACACAGGGCACAUCAAAGUUCAACAGACCUGUUAGAGACAGCAACAACUCUGAAUCUUAUGCACUUUUACAUCAUAUUAUAAACAAAAGUUGGUGGUCUACAUUUAAUUUUUUAUAAAUGAUGUUUUUUAAGGUGGAAGUUUACAAUACAGACUGAAAUCUUGCCAAUUUAUCACAAACCUUCCUUAAAAAACAGAAAUACUGUAGAGGCAGACAGCUCCAACACUGUCACUCUGAGAUUCUGCUGAGCUGUGUUACAUUAUUAGAGAUAUAGUAGAUGUUGGAAACCAGGGAAUUACGUACUUUUGACAAUCGCAAGGACCUCUGAAAUAGAGGAGGACCUGAUACACAAAGGACAUUUUAUUUUGGAGGAAAUGUGGACUUUUAUAUAAUGUGGUACAGGUACAAUUUACAGUAAAUAAAACGUUGUCUCUCAGUA